AUGGAAAAUUAUUCUCAAGUUUCAUAUUUUUUUCUUGUUGCCUACUUUGAUACUGGGAUUUUCAAGUACUUAUAUUUCCUUCUUAUAAUGACUUUGUAUGUGCUAGUAAUCACUGCCAAUGUGUUUCUGAUUGUGCUUAUCUGUGUGAACAGGAGCUUACAUGAACCCAUGUACCUUUUUCUGUGCAGUCUGUUUGUUAAUGAACUGUUGGGGAGUACUGGGCUGUUUCCACUCCUUCUGCUUCAGAUCCUCACAGAUGUUCACACCAUUUCUGUUUCACAUUGUUUCCUGCAAAUGUUCUGUCUUUUUCUUUAUGCGUGUGUAGAAUUUGCCAGUUUGGCCUUGAUGUCAUAUGACCGAUACCUGGCCAUCUGUUUUCCUCUGCAAUAUAACACUGUUCUGACAUAUAAUAAGGUUGCGGUGCUUAUCGCUGUGUCAUGGUUUUGCUCAUUUAUUGCCAUCAUCAUCCCGACCUCUUUAAGUGCUCCUUUACGUCUGUGUGGAAACAUUAUUCAGAAAGUCUACUGUGAUAAUUUCUCUAUAGUUAAACUGGCCUGUUCUGACACCACAGUCAAUAACAUCUACGGACUUGUUGGUACGUCUGUUGCAGUGUUAGGUCCUUUGACUUUAAUCGUCUACACCUACACGAGGAUCCUUAAAGUGUGUUUUUCUGGAUCUAAACAGACCAGACAUAAAGCAUUCAGUACCUGUACACCUCACCUGGCUUCACUGUUAAACUAUGCUUUUGGUGUUUGCUUUGAAAUCGUCCAGAGCAGGUUUAAUAUGAACAAUGUGCCCAAUAUAUUGAGAAUAUUUUUAUCACUAUACUGGCUCACCUGUCAGCCACUAUUUAACCCUUUAAUGUACGGACUGAAACUGUCCAACAUUCGCAUCCUCUGUAGAAAUGUGUUUUGUGUGAAAGAAAGAAUGCGAAGCAGAAGAAAAGGCCGAGCCUAA